GCCCAGGGAGCAGCAGAACAGCAUCCCAGCUCACGAAAGCCGCCUCGCUUCCACUCUGCCCUCUGCCACUGCCCUGGCCUCUUCCCUGGGACACCCCACCCCACCCCACUUCACCCUUCUGGCUGCUGAUCUGGCCACCUGGACCCCAGAUUCCUGCCUCUGAUCAUUGGUCCUCCCCUUCUCUCCCCCACCUCCCUUGCCCCCUUUCUCUAGAUUCUCUUCCUGCACUUCCCUCUGGGCAGAACCCUUCUUUUGCACCUGCCCCCCCUUUUCUGACCUCCUCCCUUUGGGGGGCUCAGCACAGCCCAGGCCUUAGGGGAGAUGGGGGAGGCUCAGUUCCUGGUCCUGCUGCUUUUGCAACUGCUGUGGGUCGCUCCAGAGGAGGCUACAGGGUCUGGGACAGAGGUCCCCGUGGUAUGGGCCCAAGAGGGAGCUCCCGUCCAACUCCCCUGUAGCCCCAGAAUUCCCUUGGGGGAUCCCGACCUUCUGCGAAGAGGAGCCGUUGUCUCUUGGCAGCAUCAACCAGACAGCGGCCCGCCUGGGCUCGCCCUCGGCCGCCCCCCGGCCCUCGGGCCUGGCCCCGCGAGGCCCUCCCCCGGGGGCCGGGAGCGGCGCCGCUACACGGUGCUGAGCGUGGCCCUGGGGGGCCUGCGCAGCGGGAGGCAGCCCCUGCAGCCCCGAGUGCAGCUGGCGGAGCCCGGCCUCCGGCGCGGGGACUUCUCGCUGUGGCUGCGCCCCGCCCGGCGCGCCGACGCGGGCGAGUACAGCGCCGCCGUGCGCCUCCGGGACCGCAGCCUCUCCUGCCGCCUCCGCCUGAGCGUGGGCCGGGCCUCGAUGACGGCCAGCCCCCCGGGGCCUCUCAGGACCUCCCAGUGGGUCGUUUUGAACUGCUCCUUCAGCCGCCCUGAUCUCCCAGUCUCUGUGCGCUGGUUCCGGGGCCGCGUCCCUGUCCCAGUCCCGGAGUCCCCCCUGCACCACGCUUCCGGAAGUGUCCUCUUCCUGCCCCACAUCAGCCCCUCCGACUCUGGGCCUUGGGGCUGCAUCCUCACCUACAGAGAUGGCUUCAAUGUCUCCAUCACAUACAACCUCAUUGUUCUUGGUCUGGAGCCCUCAGCCCCGCUGACAGUGUACGCUGGAGCAGGGUCCCGGGUAGAGCUGCCCUGCAGCCUGCCUCCUGGUCUAGGGGCCCAGUCUCUCCUCACUGCCAAGUGGACCCCUCCUGGGGGAGGCCCUGACCUCCUGGUGGCUGGAAACAAGGGCAACUUUACCCUUCUGUUGGAGGCUGUGAGCCAGGCCCAGGCGGGGCCCUAUACCUGCCAUGUCCUUCUGCAGGGACACCAGCUCAGUGCCACCAUCACCUUGGCAGUCAUCACAGUGACUCCCAAAUCCUUUGGGUUACCCUGCUCCCAGGGGAAGCUGCUUUGCGAGGUGACUCCAGCGUCUGGACAAGAGCGUUUCGUGUGGCGCUCCCUGGGCAACCAGUCUUGGAGGAGCCCCCCAGGGCCCUGGCUGCAGACUCAGGAGGCCACGUUCCUUUCCCAACCCUGGCAGUGCCAACUCUACCAGGGGGAGAGGCUUCUUGGAGCAGCAGUAUACUCCACGGAGCUGUCUGGCCUAGGUGCUCAGCACUCUGGGGGAGCCCCCGGUGCCCUCACAGCAGGCCAUCUCUCUCUUUUUCUCAUCCUUGGUAUCCUGUUGUUCCUCUUGGUGGCUGGAGCCUUUGGCUUUCAUUUUUGGAGAAGACGGUGGCAACCAAGAAGAUUCUCUGCCCUAGAGCAUGGGAUUCAUCCUCCCCAGGCUCAGGGCAAGAUGGAGAUGCUGGAAAAGGAGCUGGAACAAGCCCCGGGGGAAGAACCAGAGCCAGAGCCACAGCUGGAGCUGGAGCCACAGCUGGAACCAGAACUGGAGCCACAGCUGGAGCUGGAGCAGGAACCAGAGCAGCUCUGACGUGGAGCUGAGGCAGCUGGCAGAUCCCAGCAGCUCAGUCCUUGCCCUUCCACCUCAGCCCCCAAAUAAACUCCCUGUC